CAGUUUUCAGAGAAACCUUCUACAAUUUUGUUUUGAAUAGCUCGUUGAAAAUAGAUACCGUGUAACAGGCUUGAUUGAUGUUCAUUGAUUUUAGAUGUAGCCAACUCGCUCCUGGUGCAAUGUUAGGUGACCGGAAUGUUAGCGCGUUUAUACAAACAUACAUGCUCUUUGUACACAACGAAGAUAAUUUGGAGUCAUUUAUUUGAUUUGAUCUACAAUUGAUUAAUUCUUUGAACUCGAAUCUAUCGUUUCAUCUCUCUGAAGCACAUUUCAUUUAACAGAAUAAGAGGAAUUUCUUAUCACUUAUCGUUUAUUCUUAAACCUAAGCAAAUCAAAAUGGUGGCGGAAUGCUCGCGUGUCUUCUUGUCGAUCUCCUGCAACCAAUCGAUGUCGAACCUCCCCGACGACCUCGCCAGUCGAUUGGACACGACAUCGACCAUCGCUUUCGCUCUCAUGCUGAUCAUCAUCUUCUUCGGCUUGAUAGGCAACCUCCUAAUCGUCUACAUCGUUUGUACGAAGCCGAAGAUGAUCACGGUUCAUAACGUGCACGUCGUCAACCUUGCCGUCAUCGACAUCGUCUUCCUAUGUGUUUGUAGCGUGGUCGAUGUCAUCGGGAUGGGUGUGAUCGCAUUCCAGGAUGGUCUCCUCAGCAUUUCACAUAGCCAUUCUGCCGGUAUCAUGUUCGUGCAAACGCUGACGUUCACGGCUGCCUGUGGGACUUUAAUAGCGCUAGCCUUUCAGCGCUACCUGGCUAUAGUCAGACCUUUGGAGAACAAGAAACGACGCACCGUUAAGAACGCUAAUAUACUACAAACUCUUGUAUGGACAGGUAUGCUUGAUCUAUAUUACGUGUUUUACGUAGAUUCUUUUAUUGAUUCUGUUAUCCCUUUUGUUGACAUUGAUCAACAUAAUUUCAGCAUGCGUCAGAGACUGCCCGCGCGGAUCUGGGGUGACAACGCAACGCCUCUUGCACACGAAUCAUGGUUUUUAUUUUAACGCAGGACUGCGUCGGCGAGUCAGCGACUGUAAUGGUAUUGACCGUCGCACCUUACUAGACUGACAUCGCAGAAAUACAGCUUAUCGCAUGAUAAUAGGAUGCGUCAAUUUAGCUGCGUCGCAUUUACGCUUAUGAAGCUAAAAACAUUAUCAGCGGAUGCGCCGGCAAUUCUAUACUAUUCUUGUAGGAUGCCGUAUUCUCAUGCAACCAUGAUGCGUCAAAGACGGAAAAGGUUCAACUGACGUAGUCCUAGGUCAGUGGGCGAUGAUUAGUGAACACUGGACAUUUUGUUUUGGUUGAAAUUGUGAUAGCCUAUGUUAUUAUACAAAAUUCAUGAAAGCUAAAUUAAUCGUAAAUGAGGUUCAGAAUUGUCAUAUGAAUAGUGAUCAAAGCGACAUUGCGGGGAAUUUCUUUUUAGCUUGUGAAAAAACUAAAUCGGCUACCAAUCGGUGUCGAGUCACCAAUCGAUGAUGCAUGCAUACUACAAUGUAUUACUUUCAUAUGACUAUUCGGGACCACAAUAAAAAACAAAAAGCCUGCAUUUUCAAAUGUUUAUAACCAUUUUAUUGUAAUGUCUUGUGAGUCUAGUCUAGUCAGGUCGGAAGAUUAACGGGUACUGCUCUACAUGCCGUUCAACAUAAUUGAAAGAGUAUAUUUAUCAUGACAAUAAAUCAUUCUUUUUCUCAUCCUACAGUUUCCAUCGCCAUGGGUGUCACCGUUGCUGCUCUGGAAUCUGAUAGCGCAAGCCAUGUCAUCGCCGAGGGCUUCUCUCUCUACCAAGCCACGUUCUUCUUCUCUCUCCUUAUUCUCUCCAUAAUCGUCUGUUACAUCGCUAUUUUCCGCUCCGUGCGCGAGCGCGAGCUGGUCGAGGGAGGCCGCGUGGCACGAUGGCAGCAACAACGCAACAUGCGCAUGCUCAGAAUGGUCAAUAUGUUAGUGCUCGUUUUUGUCAUCACGCGCGGAUUCUGGCUCAUUUACGGCCUCUACGCCAAUCACACCACCCCCCUCGAAGUUGGCGACGACAAGCUAUUCCAUGACGUCAUGAUCCAGAUAGUGGCGCGCAUGGGGUGCGCGGUCAACAGCGCGUUGAAUCCCGUCAUUUAUGGGAUGCUAACGCCUGAUUUUCACAGGCAUCUGGUCCAGAUAAUAUUCCAUCCGUUUGCAGCUUCAAAGCCGCAAAGACGAGGAACCAUGGAGGGAACGAGAAGAGAAAGUGUCAUUGUGACGUCAUCAUCGGUCAAUACCAUUUGCUCUACUUGAAAACUGUCCUACAUUAGUCAUGUUGCCAGAUUCAUAGUAUAGGAAAGAGUCGGGCUUUAAUAUUCUAACUACCAGGUGUUUUUUCCUCAAGUGUUAUAACUCAACUACCAAAGAAUGUCUGAUUAUGAUCUAUUUAAUAAACCAUCCUUUUCAAAACUGGGAAGCCAAAGUCUCUCAUUUCAUAUGCUUCCAGUUUGGCAACAUGAUCGAUUUCGACCUUCUAUAAGUCGACCAAAGAGAUUCUACCCAACUCUGAUGAUUUUCAACGAAAGACGAGUCAACAGAAUGUUACAUAAUGAAGAGAUUCUGCCCUAUAUAAUUAUAUGAACG